AUGCCCUGGCAGCUCAUAGAGGUAGAUGCGCUCUCUGUAGCGCUUCUAGCUAGUAUCGUCAUUCUUGUUGUACUUGUCAAGUAUCAACAGCAGCAUGAACAGCCACUUCUCCACCCACUGAUCCUUUCCCAUCAAUCGGACGCGUCCCAAGUCCGCUCGCCCGGCGAAUCCCCAAUAUAUCGCAACGUCAAUGCGCCGCUCGGGUUUGACUUGGCGAUGCGCCCCCGGCGCACCGCGCCCAAUGUGGCCGCGCUUCUCGGUACCGGUGUGACGGACAGCGAAGCAUCGCACGCGCGCCGCAUUCUCGACACAUUUCUCUCGCCGAAAGAGCUACGCUCCCAAGCCGCCGCAUUUGCGCACGGGAUCACGGCGCUCCUUGGCGCGCACAAGCCUACUAUAAUUGUGUACGGCCAAAUCACGACUGCGCAUGCGCUGUGUGGCUUGUUGGCUGCAACUGUGGCCGAAGCGCCGAUCGCGACGCUCGUCGUGCCUGACGGCGCCUCGCCUCACUCACUUCCAGCCGGUAUCGAUACAAAAAAUGUCGCUCUUGUAUGCGUCGAUGCAAAUUAUCCCAUACCGCCGUCGCUUUCUAGUGCGUCCUUGAUUAUUACAGGUACGAGCCAGCAUGAAGCAGCAAAGCGCGUCGCGCCGCACGCCAAGAUUUGCGACAUUUUCGAUGUGCUGGGCCUCUCAGCCGAAAUAGAGCCGCCCGCUGUGCGUGACACCAGCAAGCUACGCAGUGGUGAGCUCGAUCAGAUUGGCGCACAGACCUUUGCGCAAUUUUACGAGCCAAGAGGCCGUUGUUGGGUGCGCGCCACGCAAACGUCGAUGACUUCGGGCGUGACUGCGUGGCUCAGCGAAUAUCCCGCAGACAAGAUACCGAGCGAAGGCGAUACGAUCCUUACCGAUGCUCAUGCAGACAUGUUCCUUCCUGCUCCUGCCUACGUCUCUUUGCUGCUAAUGGCGCUCUAUUCCGGCGCUGCAAUUACCAGCGAGCCGACCAAAGGUGUGAUGAAAGCGUUGCGUGCUACCAAACCCACGCUUUUGUACCUGAGCCCAAUUGCGGCGGGGCAGCUCAAGACUUUGCUGUGGAUCCAUGCGAGUAGUAGUCUGCUCUACCCCAUUGCUUUUCGCAUCGGUGUGCAUGCGCUGCGCAAAGGAAAAUUUGCGCUCGACUCGCUCGCCGAUCGCCUCGUGUUUUCUGGACUGCGCAACAAGUUUGGCGCACGCGUUCGUGCGACGGUAAUUUUUAGCAACGCGGUGACGCUGGAUCAAGCCGCGCUGGACCACCUGCGCCUCUUUUUGGCCAGCCCUGUGAUGCAUGCGUACAUGCCUUCUGUGCUCGUAACAUCCAAUGCAAAAGGCAUUGUCACUGCGCCGGUUUCAGCGUCCAACAUAUACGAUUUGCAAGCUUUUCAACCGCAGCCGAUUGGCCCAGAGUCCAAACGGCGCCUUGCGCCGCAUACUGGGCCUGCAGCCGUCUCGAUGGAGCUCAAGUUGGUGCAAGAUACGCCUGCUGUCGAGGCACACUCUGCAGUGCUCGAGUAUCUCCAACGCAAGGAUGGCGGUGCAGAAACAGAUCCUAUCGGCGAGAUUUACGUGCGCGGCUACUCGCUAGCGCAUUCCAGUGCACCCAAUCCUGAGGCGGACAUGACACUUUCGGCAUGGUUUGCAACGGGCGACGUCGGCUUGGCGCGUACCAAUGGCACACUUGUUGUAGUUGCACCGCACGGCGCUACCGAAGCCGGUAUUCUACCCGACGAAACUAUGGACUCGGCUGUCUUGGUGCCGAUCCCUACGGAGACAGCGGCGCAACCCAAGUUGGGCAAGACGAAAAUCACCGUUACCUCCCGCACCUCGUCUGCCAUGGCCGCCGCUCCAGCAGUGCUUGCGAUGCUGGCGUUUGGUGUCGCGAGUGUGGAUGCGUCUGCACACACGCACACGCACACGCACAGCAUGCUGGCACGGCGUGCGGAUGCGCCGGCAGAAAAUUUGACUUCGAUGCACUUGGCUCUCGAUAGUCUUCUCACCUCCCAGCGAGCGUCGUGGGAGCAAGGCGUGGCACAAUCCGCCGUGCUGGAGCUCUUUUACCCUGAAUACUCUACCUUUUCAAAGUCGGACAAGAAAGGUGCUGAAUUUUAUCCCCCUCAGAAAACUGACUUCCCUGAAAAGCUCCUCAGCCUUGCUUUCCACAGCGUCACGUCCCAGGACAAGAAUGGGCGCCUAGCGACGAUUAUCACGGGCGAUGAAGCGCUAAACACUGGCGCCUCACAAGACUCUGCGAGUUGCGGCGAAGGCGUGCUAAUAGCUGCAUGGUGCCUAGAAGGGUUUCCUAACAGCGCGCCGGACCCAAGGGCAUUUUAUGGCGGCGGCGCCCAGCGCGAACUGACCUACUUGAGGCGCAAUGUAUCGCGCAGCCAGAAUGGUGCAAUCAGCCAGCGGGCUACGCCCGGUGAUGUGCAGUUUUGGUCGGAUACAAUGUACAUGGGACCGCCUUUUUUUGCCACCUAUGGCCUCAUGACUAACAAUGCCAAGUUGAUCAGUCUGGCAUACAACCAAGUCCGCCUCUUGCGCCAGUACCUGUUGUUCUCCAACACCACCUCGCAAGGCUUGUACGGGCAUAUUGUCAAGGAUAAUGGCAAGAACGUGAUACGUUGGCUCGACAGUCGUCCGUGGCUAACCGGUAAUGCUUGGGUCGGUGCGGGCAUGCUUCGUGUCUUGGCGACAAUGACACACACCGACGAUGCGCAGUUCCAAGCGCCGCAGAAUGACUUGCGAACCUGGAUUGAGGAUCUUUUGCAAGUGGUGUACAAACAGGCGGAUCCCAAUACAGGAUUGCUGCGCAACGACUUGGGGAAUACAAGCUCGUUCAUGGACGGCUCGGGCUCAGCAUUGAUGGCGUACAAUGCUUUCCGCUUUGCCAGCAUGGUCCCCGACAAAACACAGUUUGUGGAUUUCGCAGAGAAAGUGUACAUGACCUUGUCUGGCUCGCUUGCGCCGGACGGGUCAUUUACCAGCAAUGUCCAAAUUGUGAAUGAGCUGAGCACGGGCGAACAAUCGACGACUUCGGCGGAGAGCCUCGCUUUUCUCACCAUGCUCUACGCCGCACGCCGCGAUUAUUACGCGGGGAAUGUAACGGGAUCGAGUGGGCCGGUAGAGCCGCUGAACAAGGCGGGCAACAACCAAGCGUCGGAUAGUGCCGCGGAUGGAAUUGCAUCGGCAAGCAUGGCGCUCGUCUUUACUAGCGUGUGUCUAAGCUCACUCUUACUUUGGAUCGGCGCAUGA